UCUCACGCCAUCAGUUCUUUAACAUGCCUCGUUCAACUCCCUUGUUAUCGGACAAGUAACCCAUAGUAGUACCCGUCUUCUACUCCCUUCCUACCAGAGAUAUGCUUCUCAAUCGGGUUCCGAGCCUCGUUGGCUUCCAGCUUCUCCGCUCCCUCGGUCUACUUAUCUCCUCCGCAGGCGAUAAUGAUCUCUUCGAUCUGGUUAAGCAAUUCUUCUGGGAUAACCCUGAUGAUGUAUCAGGUAUUCCCAAUUCUAUCCACUACUCAUAUAUAUUUGAUGUGGUCACAAACAGUCUUAUCGACUACUAUCUUAGCCAUGUGGUCGCCAUCAUGCUCAUUCUCGAAAGUGAAAGGUUGCUUGCCACCAACAGGAGUACAGCAGACUUUGUUGACGACAACAUCCGCAACCAACCAAUCACUCGCAGUCUGACCAGAACCGCCUCAUUCCUGUAUCAUAUGGGUGGUCUUCCGAUGUUUCUCAAAGGUAUCCAGACAGGUCUCGUAUACCGCGUAGCCCACUUUGCCAUCACCAGCCUUCUCCACAUGGUCCUCUUCCGGCAUUAUCUCCUCAGCCCCAUCGCACCUAUAAUUUCCACCGUGGUGUUAGCAGAGCUCCACAUGGCAUGGACGCACGCCACUAUAUCCGCAACCUCGUCCACAGGCUCACUGUUGAAACUGCGCCCCAACCGGAAAACAUGGAGAAGGCUGCUCAUCCCGUCCCUCAUCUACGCAGCAGCGCGAGCAUUGAUAGAAUAUCUCCCUGACGCCGCAGACUCUUCAUUCAAUCUGUUCUUCAAAGGCUUUAACUAUGAGGAGCACUCGGAGCAUUAUAUCGCAUACUUCGAGGUAUCAACCAUGUUGCCGACUCUCAUUCUCCGCAUGACUGUAGUGCUCCCCGCUUCUAUUGCUCUGAUUUUGAUCGAGGCGAGCUUGCUCCCGGAAACAGAGACCACGAUCGUCCCAUUCACCCAGGGCCGGAGAGCAAAGAUGUCUGCGUUGGUCUGGGGGAAGAUCGAUAAAGCUCGAUCAGGGUUUAGUGAUGUUUAUGGGCUUGUUCGGGGCUCCACGUAUUUAUGGCUGUGGGAGUUACAUGCUAAGAGGUGUUUACUGCAGACGGCGGUUGAAAUAGUAGCGAUAUGGCUGGAGGGAGGGUUCCAAGGCUGAUGUCCUUGGAAGGCGACUACAAGCGGCAUGAUCGUCAUCUAUCAUUAAUAUAAUAAUUAUAAGGCAUAUGUCCUGACUUAUCGAGAAGGGGGAGGAGGAAACAUUCCCGGUAAUAUAUGACAAAAGCAACCCCAGAAAAGAAAAGACAGAGAAGAGCCCCAGAACUACCUGC